CCAUAAAGGAAGUAGCGUAGAGAGGCCCUCCCUCUUACCUGCCCGUGUGACGUAGGGCCAACUGUUAAACACUCCUUUCUUCUGGGAGUGGAAAAUGAACAGAGCUCGCUGAAUAAGGAAACAAUAGCCCUUAGAUAAACAUUCAGUUCCUGGUUUCGGCAUUUAGACGUUCUUCAUUCGAGAAGGGUACAAAGAACAUCUGAACAGCCAUGGAUAAGUUCUAUCAUCUUAUUGUGCUGUGUGGUCUUCUGAUUUUACUUUCCUGUGCUCUAACCAACGCUACCACCACUCCCUCAACCUCCACUACAGAGCAAAGUCGGCACACUACAACAGGAAUUCUUACAGGCAACAUUUCAAACUCUUUACCGAACAAUUCAGUUCAAAACAUCAGUACUACAACUCCACCCAACAGCUACUCAGAGACCUCAACAAGCUCUAACAGCACAACAUCUAACAGCCUGAGCAACUCAACAAUUACAAGCCCAACAGUUCAGACCCAGAUUACAACAGUGCAAAUAAAUUCAUCCAUCACAGACACGACUCCCACAAGUGUUGCAACACAGCCUGCCUCGAAACCUGCAACAACUAUAGAGAGCAACACCAGCUUAACAACUCUCAAUUCUUCAGCGGUAACAGCGCAUGGCAACGAGAGCACAUCCGGCACGGCAGCAACAAGGUUAACCACUGAAAAGGCUCCUGGAAACAAAACAAACAAUGAACCCACAGCAGGUGCUAGCCUGAAGCUUCCGGAAAAGUCUAUGACAAUUUUGUUCAGUGUGAUACUUGGUGUCAUAGUUCUCUUAGUUCUGGGGCAGAUCGUUUACAAAGUCAGCAGGAAUAAACACAGAAGUGUCCAGUAUUCCCACCGCCCACUCUAUAACGAAGACACAGGUGAACACUUUGUGGUGCCAGAUGACACACUAGUGAUUUCAGGAGGACUCUAUGAUGGCCCUCAGAUCUACAACCCUACUGUGGCUGCACUAAAUGAUGAAGACCAGCUCACUUUUUCCUACACGCCUACACAGCUGCGCCUAGAGUUCUUGCACGAAGAACAGGGAACAGAUCAAGAUUAUGAAGCUACCAGCUUUGAAACCUUCAAGACAUCUGACACAAGCCAUAAUUAAUCAGAUUUUGUUACUAUGAGAAAAAAAAGACUUUUACUAUAAAAAUACUCUGCAGGAAACAGUGUUUAUUGAGAUAAAAACCAUAGAAUCUGGACUUUUUAGAGUAAUGCCAAGUGGUUCAAAUGUUUCAUUUCAAUAAAGGAUUAAUACAGGAAGCAAUAAACAUCGAACAGUAACACAUUUAA